AUGCAUUACACUACAUUUGUAUACGUCACUCAUAACAUUUGUUUAAACUCACAAAUCUUCUCUCUUGAGCGUAAAUGUAACAUUCACCGCCUCUAUCUCUUGGCCUACUGCACUAUUUUGGUGAUUGAAUCACAAGUAAACUCAAUUAAAUUUUCAGCAGUAGCGAGUUCUAGAUUUAGAGAAAGCGGAAUAUCGAGUAUAGUGCAGUGUUUGCGAUUCACGGCCAACUGGAUCUGGCCGGCGACCCGCUGCGGCGACGAGGCGCAGCGCUGGGCGUCGCGCAGCGUGUCCUCCGCCUCCAGCGCGCCCUCGCCGUCGCCCGCGCCCUCCACCUCCGACGACGGCGGCUUCCUGCCGCGCCUGCGCGCGCCGCUGCGCCCCGCCGCCGCGCCCCCGCUGUUCCGCGCCUCGUCGCCGGCGUUCGCCCUCCAUUGGCCGCCCUGGCCGCCCUGGCCCGUCUGGGCGCCCGCCUGGACGCCCUGGUCACCCCUUCACAUCUCCGACCUCAGUUCGGUACCCUUCCCGAGCUCCGCGGACGGCUCGUUCCCGACGCCCCCGUCGUUCCGGUCGCGGCCGCCGCACAUCGCGGUGCUGGACUCGCAGCAGGCGCGCGCGUGCGGCGCCUUCGUGCGCGCCAGGAUGCGGCCCGCGCCGCGGCACGGCCGGCCGCGCGCCGCGACCGAGCCGCCGCCGGCGCCACCGCCGCACGAGGCCUCGCCGGAGAGCAGGUCCUCCUCGAGCGGCUUCGGCAGCAAGAACGCGUCCUCGUCGCAGCACAACCGCAGCAGCCGCACCGGCAGCCUGGCGGAGUGGCGGCCGCCGCCCUACCGCCCGCCGCCGCCCGCGCCGCCGCCGCGGCCAGGCUCGGGCGAGGCGGGCGACGCGGGCUCGGUGGACGUGCACUAUGAGUGGGACCGCGCCACGCGCACGCCCACGCCGUCCACCCCGGAGCGCACGCGCGCGCGCGCCUCUCGCGACGACGUGGAGGCGCGCGUGCGCGCCAUGAAAGAGGAGUUCCUCGAGUUUCGCAAGCGGCAGGCGCUGCGCCGCCGCUCGCCGGAGCCGCUGAGCGCGCCGCCGCCGCUGUCGCCGCUGGCCGCGCUGGCCACGCUGGCUCCGCUGGCGUCUACCGAGACCGUCUGCUGA